AUGGGAAGCCACCCCCGCCCCGAGCUCCAGAGAACCACAUCAGCUGGGUACCGACAGCCUUCAACCAGGCCGCCAGCCUUUGUCUCCUCCGCUGCCCGGGGCGGCCCUGCGGUGGGUAGGAGCCCUGCUGGCGCCCCCCAGGCCCCGACGGCCAAGCGGGCGACCCCAGGAGCUGACGGUGUGCAGCGGGACCAGCUGUGGAGGCGUCUAGAGGCCGAGACGAGGAGCCAGCGGCGCUGGGCUCAGAAUUGGAGUUUCCUGAAAGGCUAUGACCCCAUGGGCAACAAGAAGGGGCCCGUGAAGCUGCUGGGGUACGUGCCUCUCUUCUCUGACACAGUCCCCAGUUCCACGAGCCAGGCUGUGGGCAGCAGGGUGGACACGCCCCUGGGGAAAGCCCUCAUCAGCCUGGACUUCUUCUUUGUGGAAGGAAUCCGGAAGAAGGAGCUGGAAGACGAGCUGCAGCCCAUCCAGGAGGAGGGCCGGGCGGGCCUGCCCCUGGUGGGUGUGGGGCGGCGGGGACACCGCUGUGGGUCCGGCACUUGUGCCCCGGACAGCACCCUGCGUACAGCCAGGGGUCGUUAUCCCUGA